AUGAUCACUGACGGUAUCUCAGCUCAAACAGAUACAGACUUAUUUACAACUGAAUUACAAAACGCACAUGCUGAUCUUUAUAUGGUUUGUAUUAUACCCGAAGUACCGAAAGCUGACGAUAGCAAAUACUCCGACGACUAUAAGAAAUUCGAUCUUGAACACAAGAAAAAAGGGAAAGAAUUCAUACAACGUGUAGCACCUGAACGAAAUCAAUUAAUUGAAAUCGGACAAUUGGAUACUUUAACAAAAACAGUUGUUGCUGAUCUCAUUGGCAUUAUCGAACAAUUGAUUUUGGAUUAUACAAAUCCUUCUAUUGCUCGUCAAACUACUACAUCGACGAACAAUGCAAUUAAAUUUCAACCAUUACACGCCUUCACAUUAUCGGAUGUAAGAAAUGUCGAUUUAUGGAGACAUCCGGAAAUUGCAUACACCGGCCAAUUCUAUGUGAACGAUUCCAGACAAAAACUUGAACAGCAAGCACUACAACAAUAA